GCAGCAUGUUUCUGGACCUAAUCUCUCUCGUGAGUGAUUCUAGUCCAAGGCUAGAGUCAAGAUCACCCAGCUAGCCUCUGAGCACGCUCAGGUUUGCAAACAAUCGUAAAACCAGAAAUCUGUGAACCUCAAGCCCCAACUGGCCAGUGUGACCUUCGCCACCAACAACCCCACCCUCACCACUGUGGCCUUGGAAAAGCCCCUGUGUAUGUUUGACAGCUCGGAGCCACUCACCGGUUCCUAUGAGGUCUAUCUUUACGCCAUGGCAGACUCGGCCAGCUCCUGGAACGCCUCUGUGCAGGACGACAGCAAGCUGCCACUGAGUGCCACCUUCCGGCAAACCCGGGGCGGGAGGACAGGCCCCUACAAAGCUGCGGCCUUUGACCUGACCCCUUGCGGUGACCUGCCCACUUUGGAUGCCAUUGGGGAUGUGACCCAGGCCUCCGAGAUCCUGAGCGCCUACCUGGUCAGGGUGGGCGACAAUGGGACCUGUCUCUGGGACCCCAACUUCCGGGGUCUCUGCAACCCACCUCUGUCAGCAGCCACAGCGUACAGGUUCAAGUAUGUCCUGGUCAACAUGUCCACAGGCUUGGUAGAGGACCAAACUCUAUGGUCGGAUCCCAUCUACACUAACCGGCCCGCCUCCUGUCUGAGCAUCGACACGUGGCCCGGCCGGCGCAGCGGGGGCAUGAUCGUCAUCACGUCCAUCCUGGGCUCCCUGCCCUUCUUCCUGCUCGUGGGCUUCGCGGGCGCCAUCAUCCUCAGCUUCGUGGACAUGGGCGGCUCUGCCGGGGAGACCACGCACGACUCUCAGAUCACGCAGGAGGCCGUCCCCAAGCCCCUGGGGACCUCGGAGCCUUCCUACACCUCUGUGAACCGGGGGCCGCCUCUGGACAGGGCCGAGGUGUACUCCAGCAAGCUCCCGGACUGAGCCUCGCCCCGCCUCGCCCCUGCCGGCCGCCCACCUGCUGACCA